UCAGGAAUUGUUCUUAAAUUCUUGCAGAAUGUCGCAUAGCUGUCGUCUGCUCUGUGGGUUUUUAAUGAGCUGCGUCGGCUGGACUGGUAUUAUAAUCGCGACCUCAACAAAUGAUUGGGUGGUGACCUGUAAAUACGGCAUGCACACCUGCAGGAAGAUGGAUGAGCUGGAGACCAAGGGCUUGUGGACAGAGUGCGUCAUCUCGACCGCUCUUUACCACUGCAUCUUACUCAACCAGAUCCUGGAUAUACCUGCUUACAUCCAGACGUCUCGCGCUCUGAUGGUCUCCGCCUCUUUGCUUGGUCUGCCCUCUCUGGCUCUUGUGCUGCUGGCGAUGCCAUGCGUCAAACUAAGCCAAGAGACAGAGAACACUAAAUGCAAACGUGCAGUCUUGGGAGGGCUCCUUAUGCUGUUCAUAUCUCUAUGUGGGAUGGUGUCAACAGUGUGGUUCCCCAUUGGUGCACUUCACGAGGACGGUCUGAUGUCGUUCGGGUUCUCGUUGUAUGCUGGCUGGGUCGGUUCAGCCCUCUGUUUUUUUGGCGGCUCUGUGAUGACAUGUUGUUCACGGGCCGACGGUCCGACCCAGAAUUCUGAAAACCGCUUCUACUACUCAAAACACAGUGGAGUAACCAACUCUGGCCAUCCUCUAAACAGUCAUGCCAAAAGCUCACAUGUUUGAGAGUGGAGACAUACACACAAUGGAUAAGAGUUCAGGCUUAAAUCUCAAGAUGGGUUUUGGGCACACAUACAUACAACCUCACACACCUUUGAAAUAUGUGUGGAAUUUGUUUUCCACUGCCAUGGUUUGACUGCAACCAUGUGAAGAAUGGGAGAGAACAGAGAAUUUGGUGGAAACUGUUAUUCUUUUUCUUUUUUUCUUUUUUUUGUAGUAAAACUCUAAGACGUCUGAACAUGAAAGGCUUUGUUUAAACAGAAAUCAGUCCAAAGAGAAUCACAGUUCCUUCUUUCCUCAGCAUAUUUGUUUUCAAAGAGUAGGUUCAAAGUAAUGUCAAAUUACACAUUAUUUACUUUAUUCCUAUAUUUUUGCUUUAAGUGACAAGAAUCACAUUUAUUUAUAUGGGUAGUUGACAUAUAACAUGGAUUUUUAAAAAAUCUUAUAUUGUAGGUUAUAAUCAAGGAUGUAACUAAAUAUUCAAGACUGGGCAGACCAAAUGUAAAAUUGUAAGAAUCUGUAAUUGUAUUUGUUCAAAUGUGGUUACAGCCCUGUUAAAAUGUUGCAUGAAUAUAUAAAUGAAGACGGACAUUUUAGAUACUCUGACUGGUCACCAUUUCUUUAAGGUUUUUAACUUUGUAAUCACAUUUUAGCUUUUCUUAACACUGCACUUAAAUAGUCCAGUUUUUUUAAAGUACUAAAGUACAGUUGUCUCUCAAUUAUGAUGUCAAAAACUGCAUGAUAAUUAUACAAAAGUUAGUAAAAUGUUUUUUAAAGUAGUUUUUGAUAAAGUAUACAGUGGCAGGAAAAAGUAUGUGAACCUUUUGGAAUUACAGGCAUUUAUGUAUAAAUUUGUCUUAUAAUCUGGUUUGAACUUCAUCUGUUACAAUAAUGAAAAAAAACCACAAUCUGUUUUAACUAAUAACACACAAACUAUUGUAUUGUUCUUGUACAUAUUGAAUACAUAAUUCAAACAUUCACAGUGUAGGUUGAAAAAAGUAUCUGAACCCCUAGGCUAAUGAUGUCAACAAAAGUUAGAGUCAGAAGUUGGCAAACCUGGCAUCCAAUUAAUGAAUCGUGAUUGGAGGUGUGGGUUAGAGAUACUUUGACUUAUAAAAAGCACUCAAACAUUUUGGGUUUGCUAUUCACAAGAAAAAUCUGCUGAAGUGGACCAUGCCUAGCAAAAAAGAAAUCUCAGAAGACCUACGAUCAAGAAUUGUUGCUUUGCAUGAAGUUGGAAAGGGUUACAAAGUUAUUUUGAAGAGCUUAGAUAUUCAUCUGUCCACAAUUAGACAAAUUGUCUAUAAAUGGAGACGAUUUAGUACUGUGGCUACUCUCCCUAGAAGUGGCCAUCCAGCCAAGAUGACUCAACGAGCACACCACAGAAUGCUCAGUGAGGUAAAAAAGAACCCUUGAGUGACAGUUAAAGACUUGAUGCAAUCAUUUGAACUGGUUAAAACCUGCUACACAGAAAACAUUAAACAGGCAUGGUGUCCAAGCCACUGCUUUCCACUAAAAACAUUACUGCGUGCCUGAAGUUUGCCAUUGACCACCUUGACACUCCACAACGCUGCUGGGAAAAUGUUUUGUGGACUGAUGAAACUAAGGUUGAACUGUUUGGGAAGAACAUGCUGCACUACGUAUGGCAACAUGGAAACAUUAUCCCAGCGUUGAAGUAUGGUGGAGGGAGUUUAUGAUUUGGGGCUGUUUUGCUGCUUCGGGCCUGGACCACCAUCAUCGAGGGAAAAAUUAAUUCUAUGUAGUUUAUCUCUACUAUCCUAUCCUAUCCUACAGGAUAAUGUCAGGGUGACUGUGUGCCAGAUGAAGCUCAGUAGAAGUUGGGUGAUUCAACAGGACAAUGAUCCUAAACAUCGAAGUAAAUCCACUACAGAAUGGGUUAAAAAAAAAAAAGAAAAUCCACCUUUUGGAGUGGCCCUGUCAGAGACCUUAACCCAAUAGAGAUGCUGUGUAAUGACCUUGAGAACCACUUACACCAGACAUAUUAAGAAUAUGGCUGAGCUGAAGCAGUUCUGUUAGGAAGAAUGGUCCAAAUUUCCUUCUGAAUGUUGUGCAGGUCUAAUCCACAGCUACCGGAAAGGCUUGGUUAUUGCUGCCAAAGGAUGAUCGACCAGUUAUCAAAUCCAAGUGUUCAAUUAUAUUUUACACAUUACUGUGAAUGUUUAAUAGGAUGUGUUCAAUAAAGACAUGAAAGAUUAUAAUUGUUUGUGUGUUGUUAGCUUAAGCACCAUCAUCUUUUUCUCUACUUGUGACUUUGAUGAAGAUGAGAUCACAUUUUAU